UGUUCUAUUUAUAGUUUGCAAGCAGAGAGUCAGAAACGAAAUUACGAGGAAGGGCAAAAUCCUGACGUGUCACCAUCUGAUUUGUUAAUAAAAGAAAAGGAGUCCUCUUUGUGUAUUUAAAUUAUUUCCAGAGCAUUUCUAAUGGCCGAGAUUAAAGCACCAGAUCCGCAAGACGAAAAGGCAACAGCCAUUUUGAAGCAGAAGUCAAAGCCCAACAGGCUCAUAGUGGAAGAUGCUGUCAACGAUGACAAUUCCGUGGUUGCCCUUUCACAGGAAAAAAUGGAUGAGUUACAGUUAUUUAGAGGAGAUACUGUUUUAUUGAAAGGAAAAAGGCGAAAGGAAACGGUAUGUAUAGUUCUUUCUGAUGAUACGAUCUCUAAUGAAAAGAUUAGAAUGAAUCGUGUUGUUCGACAGAAUUUGAGAGUUAGAAGCAGCGACGUAGUGAGCGUUCAAGCGUUUCCUGACGUCAAGUACGGAAAGAGGAUCCACGUUCUACCCAUUGAUGAUACAGUGGAGGGAAUCACAGGUAACAUUUUUGAUGUCUUCUUAAAGCCCUACUUCCUGGAAGCUUACAGACCAGUACACAAAGGUGACAUAUUUCUUGUUCGUGGUGGCAUGCGUGCGGUGGAGUUCAAGAUAGUAGAGACAGACCCCUCCCCUUAUUGUAUCGUUGCCCCUGAUACCGUGAUACAUUGUGAAGGAGAACCCAUCAAGAGGGAGGACGAGGAAGAGUCUCUUAAUGAAGUUGGAUAUGAUGAUGUUGGAGGCUGUAGGAAACAACUGGCUCAAAUAAAAGAGAUGGUGGAACUACCCCUACGUCACCCCCAACUAUUCAAAGCAAUUGGAGUAAAGCCUCCUCGUGGUAUAUUACUGUAUGGUCCUCCUGGAACUGGUAAGACACUCAUCGCUAGAGCUGUAGCAAAUGAGACCGGAGCAUUCUUCUUUUUAAUCAACGGACCAGAAAUCAUGAGCAAAAUGGCGGGAGAAUCUGAGAGCAACCUUAGAAAAGCAUUUGAAGAAGCAGAAAAGAACGCUCCUGCCAUCAUAUUUAUAGAUGAACUGGAUGCCAUAGCACCAAAAAGAGACAAAACUCAUGGUGAAGUAGAGAGAAGGAUUGUCUCUCAGUUACUAACACUAAUGGACGGUCUGAAACAACGUGCCCAUGUCAUA